CGGAAGUGAGGCGUUUAUUGACAAUAUGGCGACCGGACCAGCUGAGAGGGGACUGGACAUUGUUCGGUUUUGUCAGUGACUGCAGAUGUGGAUAAUCAAAGCGAAAUCUGUGCACGAUAGAGUGUUAUGAAUGAAGGGACUCGGGAGCUGUCGGGAUGUUGUCUCUGAGCUGAGCGAGCGUUCACAGCUUCAGAUUCAUCAUGUCGUUCUUCAGACGGAAAGCUAAAGGAAAGGAACCUGAGAGACCAGCAGAUGCCAAAGCCAGCAAAGCCCCAGUGUCGCCCCACUCCCCCUCUCUUAGCGGCAGUAAUCAUCAUGCUAUCCUGGAUGCAGCAGGACCCAGCCAUGUGGCCAUCAAUGCUAUCUCAGCCAACAUGGACUCCUUUGCCCGCGGCCGCACUGCUAUUCUCAAAAAACAGCCUAGCCACAUGGAGGCAGCACAUUUUGGAGACUUAGGUCGCUCCAGUGUCAACUACCAGGUUCAAGAGACUCGCUCUCGGCUUUCUAAAACUGUAGACCAGAUCUUGCGGGAUAAUCUGGCCUUGCCCUACUUCAUACAGUUUAUGGAGACCCGCUCAGCUGAGCACCUGGCCCGCUUCUGGCUUGAGGCUGAGAGCUUCCGAUCCACCAGCUGGUCUAGGGUCAGAGCACACAGCCUCAACUCAGUCAAACACAGCACCUUGGCUGAGCCUGCGGCUGGCCUGGAAUCCCCAGACUCACCAGACUCUCCAAACGACCCCAGCAGACCCUCAGCUCUGGAUGAGGGAGACGAAGAGGAUACUUUCUCCUCCCGGACGUCCUCCAGACCUCACACCCCCAGCCCCCAAGACACUAACUCUCAUACCAGGGCUCUGAUUGGCCACCGGAACUCUGUUAGCUCAGAGGGGGCGGCCCGGCCUGGGACUCCCCACCUGCAGCCCACCCUAAGGUCAGAAACGCCCACCAGACAGCCCUCCUCCAGGACAGGCACUCCAGUUAAAGUCCAGUCUACUAGUGGCCUCUCUGAGAAACUUAUGAAAAGUAUAGAGAGGGAUGCCGUUAACAUUUUCACUAAGUACAUAUCUCCAGAUGCUGCUAGGCCAAUUCCCAUCACUGAACCGAUACGCAACGACAUUGUGGCGAAAAUCUGUGGUGAAGACGGACAGGUGGACCCAAACUGCUUUGUCAUUGCACAAUCUGUUGUGUUCUCCAUCAUCGAACAACAGCACUUUAGUGAGUUCUUGCGGAGCCAUUAUUUCUGUAAGUACCAGAUUGAGGUGCUGACCAGUGGUUCUGUGUUCCUUGCGGACAUUCUGUUUUGCGAGUCAGCCCUCUUCUACUUCUCUGAGUAUAUGGAGAAGGAGGAUGCAAUGAAUGUACUGCAGUUCUGGCUGGCUGCAGAAAACUUUCAAGAUCAUUUGGCUUCCAAGAAAGGCCAGUACGAUGGACAGGAAGCCCAGAAUGAUGCCAUGAUUCUCUAUGACAAGUAUUUUUCACUCCAAGCCACAAAUCCGUUGGGUUUUGGUGACUCUGUACGGAUGGAGAUUGAAUCCAAUAUCUGUAGAGAAGGCGGACCUCUCCCAGACUGCUUCAACACUCCAAUAAGACAGGCCUGGACCACCAUGGAGAAGGUAUACAUGCCAGGCUUUCUGUCAAGCAACCUUUACUACAAGUAUUUGAGUGACCUUAUCAACUCCGUACGGGUGGACGAGUUUACUGGAGGAAAUGCCAACACUCCGAACCAGGGCUGGACCCCAGAAGGCGACCGCAACUCUAGCGUCAUGGAAGGGUCACAAGCCCAGCAAGGAUCUAAAAAAGCGGCAGUCAAGAUCCUGAAGAACUUUGAUGAGGCGAUAACGGUGGACAUCGCCAGUCUGGACCCUGAGUCUCUCUAUCAGAGACCAUAUGCUGGAAGAAUGACCUUUGGGAAGGUGAAUGAGCUGGGCCAGUUCAUCAGAGAGGCCGAGCCAGAACCAGAUGUGAAGAAAUCCAAGGGUUCCAUGUUUUCUCAAGCAAUGAAGAAAUGGGUGCAAGGAAACUCCGAUGAGGCACAAGAAGAGAUGGCAUGGAAGAUCGCAAAGAUGAUCGUCAAUGACGUCAUGCAGCAGGGACACUAGGGAAGCCCUGAAGUGAAGUCAACAAAACUAUGACCCUCUCGUUCAGUGUGGAAGCAGCUCCUACCCUCCCUCCUGUCGCCCCUCUGCAUAAUGACUGGAGAAGCAAACGACCAGAAGACGAACACAUUAACAUAUCAGUGAGGACCUGAAAGAGGCAUUCCAUGACUUCCUGCAUGUGUUUGUGUGUGAGAGUGUGAGUGUUUAGAUAUGCACACUAAUAGCCAAAAUAAGUUUUCUGUAUGAUCCACCCCAUCAUUUCUAGCACUCAGAAGGACUUGUUUAUUAUUUGAAGAGGAGUGUAAUGACUUCAGCUACAGAAAUGAAUAAACCUGUAAACAAACAAGCGAGAGCUGUCGCACAGCAGACGAACAGAGCAAAAUCUCAACAUUCAGAACAAGACUUUCAAGAUUUUCAAACUGUUGCGUUUAGCUGUUUACCAUGUCGACCAACAGGAAGUGCACAAGAAUCUGAACAGGAACUACAAUGUGGCUGUGACUUAAAUAUUUCCUUCCUUAUCUUAGUUCUUAUCUCGGACUUCUCUUUUAUCUUUCUUUUUUGUUCACAUUUUAAAAGAAUGGCUAUGAAGUGCUUAGGCCUGUUUUAGUAAAAACAAACA